UCCUGUCAAGUUCACAAGCAACCACCCAACUACUACCACAAUGGUCUACACGAUCGUCGUUCACCUGUACGCCAAGGAGGGCAAGGAGGUCGAGGAGAAGCUGCGCAACAAGCUUAUCGAGGCCUCGCAGGUGUACUCCAAGGACAUCGAGACCAUCGGCUGGCACGUGAUGCAGGACCACCAGGACCCGCGCAAGUGGUGCAUCGUCGAGCGCUACGAGCACGAGAGCAGCCAGAAGUACCACCUGGGCAACCCGUACUGGAAGACCUUCGACCCGUAUGUCAUCCCGCUGCUCGACAAGCCCAUGGACCUGCGCCGCUUCAACGAGCUGGACACGAGCAAGCCCGUGCACGUCGAGUAAGCGCCCGCCUUCGGAUGCGUAGCAGGUGGUCUCCGAGGCGUCAGCGCGCUGUGCUGAGCAGUAACGAGGUCGAGGGGCCGCGGAGCUGGUCGCCAAGUCAACCAAGCGCGAGUCUGUUCGGUGUUUGCGGUGAGAGGAGUCUUCGCGGUCGUUUGGUCAAGCCUUUGUUGGUGCAGUCGCUGGCGCCUUGGGGGUCUCUUAGUGGAGUUCUAGUGUCUGUCGUGUGCGUCCGCGAGCGUAUGAGAGCAGCAACGCUGCUGCCCGUAUAAAAAGAUGAAUAUCACGUACGUUUGAGGAGC